ACGCGCGGCCGGCCGGUGGUCCCUCGGGGAGCACCUACGGGCUCCGUCCGCUCGGCCUCCGCACGCCCCGCGGCGGGAGCAGGCGACGGCGACUUUGGGAGUUCCUCCCUGCCUUGUACGGAGGGCUGCGCCCGGGCCGUCCCCGCCCGGCUCUGACGCCCGGCCCUCCCGCUGCCCACCCACAGCCGCCUCCCCGAGACCCGCCCGGGGAAGGCAGCCGGAGCCCCGCUCCGGCCACCCCCAUCCCCGCAGCCGCCGCGUCCCCGCGCCGCCCCCUCCGCCCCCGCCCCGCCCCCGCCCUCUCCUCGGCGACCGCGGAUAAAUCAGGGAGGCGAGCGCUGGGAGCCAGAGCGCGCGGGCGCCGGCGGGCUGGCCGAGCUCUGUUUCCACAGUCGCCCUUGAUGGCGGCGCAGGCGAGGCAGCCGUGGCACGGAGCGGCAGCCACGCGCUAGAGAGUCCGCCCGGCCCCGCCCGGCCCGCCCGGCCGCCCGCCCGUGCCCAGCCCGCUUCUCCCCGCGCGCUCUCCCGCAGACGUCGGCGCCCCGGCUCCGUCCCUCAGCCGCCUCGUGCAGCUCCGCCGCCUCCGGGCCGGCAGGGAGGGCACUGAUCUUCGAUCGCGAAGAUGGCUGCUGGCUGCCUGCUGGCCUUGACUCUGACACUUUUCCAAUCUGGGCUGAUCGGCCCCUCGAGCGAGGAGCCCUUCCCUUCGCCCGUCACUAUCAAGUCAUGGGUGGACAAGAUGCAAGAAGACCUUGUCACACUGGCAAAAACAGCAAGUGGAGUGACUCAGCUUGCUGAUAUUUAUGAAAAAUACCAAGAUUUGUAUACUGUGGAGCCCAACAAUGCACGCCAACUGGUUGAAAUUGCAGCCCGAGACAUUGAGAAGCUUCUAAGCAACAGAUCUAAGGCCCUGGUGCGCCUGGCUAUGGAAGCAGAGAAAGUCCAAGCAGCCCACCAAUGGAGGGAAGAUUUUGCAAGCAAUGAAGUUGUCUACUAUAAUGCUAAGGAUGAUCUUGAUCCUGAAAGAAAUGAGAGUGAGCCAGGCAGCCAACGGAUUAAACCUGUUUUUAUUGAAGAUGCUAAUUUUGGACGUCAGAUAUCCUAUCAGCAUGCAGCGGUCCAUAUUCCCACGGACAUCUAUGAGGGCUCAACCAUAGUGUUAAACGAACUCAACUGGACAAGUGCCUUAGAUGAAGUAUUCAAAAGAAAUCGAGACGAAGACCCUACACUGCUGUGGCAAGUGUUUGGCAGCGCCACUGGCCUGGCCCGAUAUUAUCCAGCUUCUCCAUGGGUGGAUAAUAGUAGAACUCCAAACAAGAUUGAUCUAUAUGAUGUACGCAGAAGACCAUGGUACAUCCAGGGAGCUGCAUCCCCCAAGGACAUGCUCAUUCUGGUGGACGUGAGUGGAAGUGUGAGCGGAUUGACUCUGAAACUCAUCCGAACAUCUGUCUCCGAGAUGUUAGAAACCCUCUCUGAUGAUGAUUUCGUGAAUGUAGCUUCAGGAAACGCAGCUUUAAUCUGACUGAUAAACCAUAGUUCUAUGUUAUUCGACGCGUUCUCACGACCGGCCAGGAAGAACACCACAGACCAGAAUCUUCUGCGGCAAAGCUUUAUUCUUACAUCUUCAGGAAAAGAGAGCAAGAAGCAAGAGAGAGAGAAAACGAAAACCCCGUCCCUCUUAAGGAGCAUUCUCCUUCGCCUCGGACGUGUCACUCCUUGAUUGGCUGCAGCCCAUCGGCCGAGUUGACGUCACGGGGAAGGCAGAGCACAAGUAGUCAUAAGAUACCCUUGGCACAUGCGCAGAUUAUUUGUUUACCACUUAGAACACAGGAUGUCAGCGCCAUCUUGUAACGGCGAAUGUGGGGGCGGCUCCCAACAUCUCCCCCUUUUUCUUUUAAUAAGAGCAAAUAGGCCACCCAUAUUAAUGAGAGUGGAGAUAGAGGUCAAAUCCCCAGUGUGUAGGUAAAGGAGCCAUGUACAGGAUUAGCUCUUAGGCUUACAGGCUUUUACCCAGAGCAACCCUGACCUGCUCCCGUGUCGUUUUGCCUGGGGGAAGGGAACUAGGACACUGAACCUUCAUGAAAGAUGACAUGUCUCCCUAGAAUAGGCUCAUAUAUGCCGCAGAGCCUUUCCAUUGCAGUGCUUAGCCUUGCAACUCUCUCGGGCUGCUGAAGCACACUCACUCUAUCUCGUGCAAUGAGACUAGCCUCGUGAGAUAUAAGAGCUGAGUGGCCAGCGACCUAUUGCCUAAGCAUAGAUAUAUCAGGGGAAGCUCCAUGUUCUAGUCCUGCAAGCGCCUGGGCAAUAACCACCUUGUCUCUCCUAGUUUAGGCCUUAAGCUUACAGACCAAUCAAAGAAGCAACACUAAUCCACAGCAAAGUGUAUCUCCAAAUAAUAUUAAUCCCACCCAUUUUUUAAAGAAAGAAAAUGCUGAGGAGAUCCAAUUGGGUAAUCCUUUGGUCAGGGACAGGUCCAAGCGCGUGGAGUUGACCUGAAUGAUGGCAAGCCUCGAAGGGUCUGUUCAAAUUCAGCCAUCCAAUUCUGUAACAUAUACUGAAAAAGACUUUUUGACAAAUUAGCUGCCCUAGUAAAUUUAACAUACUGAAUGGAAAUAACACACAAUCCCGGAAACUUUUGUUCACAUCCCUGCUGAGUUAUUUGUCAUAAUACAUCUAGUUGUAUCUGGACAAGAUCUAUGAGUUGAUUAACCAGCAUGAGACCUCUCUGUAUCUUGACAUUAGCUGAGGCCUGUUCAUCUAUGACUGUAGUCACUGAGGCUGACAAAGUGUUAAUGGUGUCAGUCAUCUGGACCUGUCCAGACAGAGCCAAGGCUGUCUGAAUUAAGGCCAAACCCAGUUCCUAGUUAGUGGUAAAAAAGCAGGAGAAUACUUGAGCAUUAUACAUCACCGUCAUUGGGAGUGGAAAUGUCGACAUUAUCCCCCAACGCUGCUCUCUCUUUAUUAUUGACGCCCUGGACAUCACCAAGACGAGGGACAUUAGUAUUCCCUUGGUCAGUCUGGAUUUUUCGGGUGAGUCUUUCUGGUACCCAAAAUGGGUUGUCUUCAUUCUGUGGGAAAACACAGAUAGCUCCCCUGGAUCUUAUCAAGAUAGGAUCCGGGCCAUACCAUUUAUUAUCAAGGACAUUUUUCCAUUUAACCAUCUCAUUGGGCCUAUCUGGCUCUGAACAAUGACGUUCAGCCGCAGUAUGGCCAUGAGCAUCAAUAUUUAAAAAAUUAAGUGUAAAGAGUGCCAAAGACACCGACACUCUUGGUGCUCGGGGUACAGUCUCCUCAAAAGUUCCCCUCUUCUGUUUUAUAAGAUAGGCUUUGAGGGUGCGAUGCGCACGCUCAACAAUACCCUGUCCUUGAGGGUUGUAUGGAAGUCCAGUCAGGUGGGUCACGUCCAUCUGACGGCAGAACUGUUGGAAUUUUUGAGACGUAUAAGCUGGUCCAUUAUCAGUCUUAAGGAGUCUGGGUUUCCCCCAAGCACUCCAUGCCUCAAGACAAUGUUGAAUCACAUGUGAGGCUUUUUCUCCAGUUAACGGAGAAGCAAACAUGAUGCCAGAACAUGUGUCAAUGGACACAUGGAGAUAUUGAAGUUUUCCAAAGGAAGAAACAUGUGUAACAUCCAUUUGCCAGACCUGUAGAGGUCGAAUACCGCGUGGGUUAAUUCCCACAUGAGGAACUGGCAAGAACUCACAGCAGCUUUGACAUUGAGUAACAAUGUCACGGGCUUCUUUUCUUGUCAAGGAGAAACGACUGCGUAAUGUUUCAGCCGUCACAUGAAAAUUGUUAUGAAAAUUUCUUGCAGCCUCUACCGGGGAUGAUAGGGCAGCAGCCACCACUUUAGUGGCCUUAUCUGCCAAAUCAUUUCCCAGAGCCAUGGGGCCAGGUAGGCCUGAAUGGGCUCUAACAUGAGUAAUAUAAACAGGAGAUCUUCUAGAUAACAAAACUAAUUGUAUCUGCUGAAAAAUAUUGGCAACUCUACUGGAAGGCUUAAUCACUCCAGCCACUUCUAAAAGAUUUACUGCAUUUACCACAUAACAGGAAUCUGACACAAUAUUAAGGGGUUCUAAAAAGGUUUUUAAAACUUCUAAGACCACUAAACAUUCUACCACUUGAGGUGAAUUUUCAUUAUAUUGUUUGGAUACCACUUUACCAUUAGCCACAUAGGCACCUAUGCCAGUUUUUGAUCCAUCAGUAUAUACCACAAUCCCAUUUUUAAGUGGGUUUCUUACUGUUAUUUGUGGAAACACAACAGAUUGAUUUUGGGCAAACUGUAAGAUUGGAUGUUUUGGAUAAUGGUUAUCUAUUUUUCCUGAAAAGGAGGUAACUAAAACUGCCCAAUCAUUAGAUGCGGCUGCCAAGGUUUGAACCUGUGCAGCGGUAUAAGGUACAAUUAAAAGAUAUGGACUUUGCCCAAAGUGGGUGAUUGCUGCUUUUAGGCCUUUAAGGGCAAGCUGUGCAAUUGCAUCAGGAUACCAAUCUAUUAUUUUAGCUGGGGAUACGUUUGGAUGGAUCCACAACAAUGGCCCAUUCUGCCACAAAACUGCAGUUGGCAAUUGUGCUGUCUUAAAGACACACAAACUGAAAGGCUGCGAAUCCUCAAUACGUUGUAAUUGUGCAUUCUGUAAGGCUUUUUCCACCUUUUGUAAGGCCUGGUUAGCAGCUAGAGUAAGAGUCCUAGGGGAGGAGAUAUGAGGAUCUCCUUCUAAAAUACUAAACAAAGGCCUUAACUCAGCGGAAGGAAUCUUUAAAAAAGGUCUGAGCCAAUUAAUAUCUCCCAACAGCUUUUGAAAAUCAUUUAAGGUAUGGAGGUGAUCUCUUCUUAUCUCUACCUUUUGGGGCACAAUCUUAUCUGGGGACACCACAGAGCCCAAGAAUUGUCCUGUAUCAGAAAUUUGGACCUUUUCUGUGGCUAUCUGUAGACCCCACUGACUUAAAGUUUUAAGUAGAAAAGGAUAUGCCUUUUGUAGCAUGGUAAGGUCUUUAUGGCACAGGAGGAUGUCAUCCAUGUAAAGGAGCAAAAUUAAAGAGGGGAACUGUUUCCUCACUGGCAAAAGAGCUUCUUGCACAUAAAGUUGGCACAUUGUAGGACUAUUGGACAUUCCCUGUGGUAAGACCUUCCAUUGAUACCUCUUAUCAGGUUCCAUGUGAUUAAUAGAGGGGAUGGUAAAGGCAAAUCUGGGCCUAUCCCUUGGACACAAAGGUAUAGAAAAGAAACAAUCUUUAAUAUCUAUAAUGAUUAAAUUCCAGCCACGUGGUAAGGCGGAAAGUACAGGGAGACCCCUCUGUACUGGGCCAAAUAAGUUCAUUUGCUCAUUAAUGGCUCUGAGGUCAUGGAGCAGUCUCCACUUUCCUGACUUUUUCUUAAUUACAAAAAUUGGAGUAUUCCAAGGUGAGGUAGAGGGUUCAAUAUGGCCUAGUUUUAAUUGUUCCUCUACCAGUUGAAUCACAGCUUCUAGUUUUUCAGAGGAUAGGUGCCAUUGAGGAACCCACACUGGGUCCCCUGUUUUCCAUGGUAUGGGUCGUGCUGCCCCAAUGGCCGCUAUGGAAAACCCAGACCCUGUCUGUCUUGGUUUCCAUUAGGUGAGAUGGGCUCUAUCCUUCCCUGUUCUUGAUGUCCUAACCCUUUUCCUUCUUUAUAACCCAUCUUUGCCAUGAUAUUUUUUGCUUUAGCUGAAUACCCUCCUGAUGGGGCGUUUUCAUUGGACAAAAUAAGGCCCAAAUGCUGCAUAAUAUCCCUUCCCCAGAGGUUAACCGGGAGUGGGAGCACAUAAGGUAUGAAUUUCCCUUGCUGCCCUUCAGAGGAUUCCCACGUCAAGGCAACGGAGCUUAUAGUGGGACAUGAUUGAUAUCCUAGGCCCUGUAAUGAAUGAGAUGACUCUGUGGUGGGCCAUGCUUUGGGCCACCAAUGUGUAGAGAUUAUACUUUUAUCUGCUCCGGUAUCAAGGAUGCCUUCAAACUCUUUUCCAUUAAUCUUAAGGCGGAGCUUAGGUCUAUCAUUUAAAGAUACAACCAAAUAGGCAGAAUCAUUUCCUGAGGAGCCCAUUUUCUUUAUCUCAGGUCCUGCAGAUUUCUCCCUGGUAUUAUCAGGGAGGAGCAGCAGCUGAGCUAUCCUAUCUCCUUUACUAAUAGAAAAAACGCCUUUAGGGCUUGAGCACAGGACCUGUAUUUCAGGGGAAUGUUGACAAUCCAUAACUCCAGGGUGGACUACUAAGCCCUGCAAGGUGAGUGAACCUCGGCCGAGAAUAAGGCCCAUGGUUCCCGGGGGCAAGGAUGGUAUAGGCUCCACCGGCACCGGCUGAAUACUCAUUUGAGGCAUUAGUAGGAAGUCGGAGGCGGCACGCAGGUCCACCCUUGUGGGUCUUCCUGGGUCGCCUCUCUGACUGCUUCCUGGGUCCUGACAAACCGGUUCCCAUAUCUUUGAGGGCCCUGGGACCGAGGGCCCGAUGACCCGUUUUUUGGCACAUCAGUUGAUUGACUAUCAGGUGGGGGAAGAAUUCUGCCCUUUAUAUCCCUCACAGAGCGACACUGGUCAGCUCUAUGAUAACCCUUGCCACACUUAGAGCAAAGAGUGAGAGUCCCUCCCUGUUUAUCUGGAGCUCUGCAAUCUUUCUUAAAAUGCCCAGGCUUUCCGCAGUUAAAACAUGUCCUCUGAUCAUUUCUGCCCAUGGAGCGGUUUUGGGAUUGAAGGAUGGCAGCCGCUAAACCUGCAUUGCUGAGGGGUCCCCCAAGCUCUCGACAGACCCUGAGCCAGUCUUGUAAGCCUUUGUUCUUUCUUGGGGCUAUGGCCGCUCGGCACUCCUUUGUGGCUUGCUCGUAGAUUAGCUGUUCUAUGAGAGGCGCAGCUUGCUCUGACUCUCCAAAAAUACGCUCUGCUGCCUCUGUCAUUCUGGCCACAAAAUCUGAGAAGGAUUCCUGAGGUCCCUGGAUUAUUUUUGUUAACUGACCAGUGGUUUCACCUGCUCGAGAGAGCGCCUUCCAGGCCCUAAUAGCCGUGGAAGAAAUCUGGGCAUAAGCUCCCCAAUGGUAGUUUGUCUGAUCAGCAGAAUAAGCUCCCUGACCCGUUAACAAGUCAAAAGUCCAAUCUCUCUGCUCUGGAGUCAAAGCAGCUGCGUUUGCUCGGGCCUGCGCCUGUGCAGCUUCGUGCCAAAGCGCUUUCCAUUCCAUAUAUUUGCCCAUACUAGGGAGAGCGGCUUUUACAACCGUUUGCCAGUCGGCAGGAGUUAGUGCCAUGCCAGCGAGCCUGUCUAACUGCGCCAAGGUAAAAUUAGCAUUGGUUCCGUAUUUACGAACCGACUCGGCAAUUUCCUUAAUCUGUACGUAUUCUACCGGAGCGUGGACACGCCCACCCUCGGCUCCUUCAAAGACUGGAAAUGCCUGUUCUAUUUUCCUUUGUUCCUCUCGGGGAAUGAAUGAGUCUGCGCACUGCCUCUCUGCGCAUUGCUGACGCACUACGGGCUGACGCACUACGCAGGGCGGGGACUCCGCAUAGGGCGGGAGUGCACCUGGUAGCCGAUUGCCCUGAGGCCAAUUAGCAAACUGGCCUUCGCCAGCCGCUUUUGGCUUUUUUCUUGACCGAUUAGCUGGCUGGUAAUGGGCUGCUUCUUCCUCCCAGUCUGUUUCCUCAGAGGAGGAUUCUUCACUUGCUUCAGAGCUACUAAGAGCUGGCUUCCUGAGCUCAUCUAGUGACGAGUAUCUCCUAGAGACCUCCGCUAAUCGAUCUUUUUUCUUCUCCCUUUUUCCUCUUUUUCUUCUAAUCUCUCUCCAGGUAUUCCUACCUAACCUUAACUUUUCCUCGGGUUCAAGACCCUUGGAAAGGCCUGUAUACUUAUUUUGUGAACCAUAUUUUCUCUUUGUUCCUACUCUUUCUUCCCGCUUUACUUCUGAUAGCUUGUCCUGAAUUUCCUCUAGAAUUUUCAGCCCUAUCUUAAUCACUUGAUAGCAUGUGAAAAAGAACAAAAGGGCUCCUAACACCAGAAAAAAUUCAAGGCCAAACAUACUCACUGGUACUCUCGUUCCCCAGCUGAAAAGUUCUGAAUUCAUACAGUUGAAUCCUUCUUAACAGUCUGCUUUACGGGAACCUUUAUCACCGUCGUUCCCCAGCUGAUGAGUUCUGAAUUCGGCAGUUGAAUCCUUCUCAACAGUCUGUGUUACGGGAACCUUAUAACCUUGAUUCGCAGUUCUGGUUCUGGAAUGAAGUAUCCCUCCUGCGCCAGUCCGGAGUUUUUUCUCGUCCCGGAUUUUCUCGUCCCGGAAUUCGGCACCAAUUGUUAUUCGACGCGUUCUCACGACCGGCCAGGAAGAACACCACAGACCAGAAUCUUCUGCGGCAAAGCUUUAUUCUUACAUCUUCAGGAAAAGAGAGCAAGAAGCAAGAGAGAGAGAAAACGAAAACCCCGUCCCUCUUAAGGAGCAUUCUCCUUCGCCUCGGACGUGUCACUCCUUGAUUGGCUGCAGCCCAUCGGCCGAGUUGACGUCACGGGGAAGGCAGAGCACAAGUAGUCAUAAGAUACCCUUGGCACAUGCGCAGAUUAUUUGUUUACCACUUAGAACACAGGAUGUCAGCGCCAUCUUGUAACGGCGAAUGUGGGGGCGGCUCCCAACAGUUCUAACCUUUAAAAGGAAGCCAGAUGUGAAAAAAGUUCCUGUGGCGCUGGGGUUGUUUCCUGGUUUUCUGUUAAAGUAGAACAAUUUAGACCUUGAAGAGAUGUUCGGCGCUGUGACCUGAAGUGACUUUGGAGUGGAUGAUGUUGUGUGUCUUUGCGUGCGGUCUCUCUAGCUCAUAUAAGCUCAGUUUUCCUAACUGUCCAAUGCGAGCCCAGCUAAAGCUCACCUCAGCAUGCUCAUGGUGGCGCGUGUUCAGCCUGGUUCACUUAAUUCCCAAUUCAUGUGAAAUAAGCAUUUUAUUACUAAUGUAAAACACCAAUUCAUUAGAUAAUUAUGAGUUAAAGAUAAUGUUAUAAGAAUGUAACUAAAAUAAAAUCUUUUAGACACAAUGGAUUAUGACCUUGAAAUAAUAUUUAAUUAAAGGAGAAAUUUCCUAUUGAAAAAAUAGAUUGUUACAUCAUGGUAUGGAGACUUACAAAUUGCACUAUGGCUAAAGCCUAAGAAAAUUAAUAAAAUCAAUCCCCUAUGAAACAUAAUUGGAGAUUAUAAAUGAGUAUGCUGUUAAUUGUAUAUUACUUCAUUAAAAUAAUUUGAUAAAAUAAAUCAAUAAUUCUAUAGGUUCAAAUUUGAAAGUAGCGGAUAGGAAUGGGGAUGUAGCUCAUUGGUCACUGACAGACCACUUGUCUGAGUCCUGGGUUCAGCUUACAGCAGUGUAAUAGCAGCAAGAAAAUAUAAGCAUCAGCUCUGCGCAGAGAGACAAGAUUCAGAAGCAAGUCGUCUCCAGCAGCCAGGGAGUUCCUGGUAGGUCAGAUAAAGAGGUCGCUUUCCACAGCACAGCAAACAUGGCUCUCAGUUCCUGAAGUCCAGGGCAGUUUAAGAAACACCCUCACUGGUUCUGGGCAGAACUACCACUCAGACAUUUGCCUGAUUAGAGAGACGAGAUAUUGGCCUUUGCCUAAUUUCUCCCUCCAUUCUGGUGACUCACUAACUCUAUAUCUCAGGUCCUCUAAAUAUGUCCCAAGCAUGUCUAUUAUCUGUGUACUCCAAAUAAAAGUUCUGCUUGUGUUAUUGAAAAUACUGGCAGGUAAUCACAACAUGAACCAGGUUGCUGGUGCAAUAUUAAUUUUAUUACCAAUCAGAACCAUGAGAAAAGCAGAAGGUGUGGUCAGACUCCAAGUAGAGAUACCUUGAAAUCCUUCACUUAAAAUCAAUCUUGAGUACCUGGGUCCACACUUAUUGGCUAUUUUUUCAGUGCCUUAAAAUAAAUUUUGACACGACCUUUAGCUUAAGAUUUCCUAUGAAAUUAUAUGGCAAUUAAAGUGAAACUUUUUUUUUUUUUUUUUUUUUUUUUAAGCAGGAAUCAGUACAUAAAUGCUAGUUAUAGCCAAGAUUUCAAAGCUGGAGUCUGUGCUCUUUAUUUUUAUUUUUCCUACAGUGCCCCCUGGUGCCCAUUCUCUGAAUAACAACAGUUUUACUAUAAUUUCUGACUACAAAAUUGUAGGAAGAUAAGUUUAAGUCCUGUGUUUAAACUAAUCAACUAGUAAACUAAUAAUAGGUAAGCCCAUUACCUAUUAUUUAUUCUAGUUAAGUUACAAUAAGAAAUUCAAAUUUUAAUUAAAAAAAAAAACUAUAUCCCAAACCAAGUAGCCUGCUUGGGAGUUAUUCAGCUACAGUUCCAGACAUAAAUGGGUUGGCUGUUAGAAGCAAUAGUUUGGCUAUUUAACAAUGAUUCAAAAUCCAAGGAGUCUUGAAUUAAAUCCCAUUUUGCCUAUUACAGUUUUGAGUCUGUGCAGAAACAAUAUCUUCCAUGAAAGAAAGUGUUCAAAACUGAAGGGACGCCUGAGCAGACAGACAUGCCACUACUCUUUGUGUGAGGUUCCAAGAGGAAGACAGCAUCUUCAGGUGCUCUUUCCUUAAAUCUCAGGAUUUUCAGGUUCUCGUUUCCAUUCCCCUUAUCUGAGGGAGGCUUGUGCUCGCUCCAUACAGUGAGACUGCAGCUGCUGUUCCUAAACCAAAGGGCACUUUCCCAAAGGUUUGGAGGGCUGCUGCUCUGACUGGACGGAGCUCUGGCUUGCUGUGUAUCUUCCAGUGGCAGUGGUUCAUUAUAUCCGGAUGAAGAAAUGAGUAAAGAGCCCAGAACAGAAGCAGCUACUGCCAUUGGGAAAAACAAAAACAAACAAGCAAAUAAAAUAAAAUAAAAUAAAAUAAAAUAAAAUAAAAUAAAAUAAAAUACAAGCUGGCCUUAAAAGACUUGAAAUAUACAUAAAAUAUACAUAAUGGAUAUGUAUACUUGAACAUGAUAUUCUCUAAGAAGGUUUUUUUUUUUAAGUAUUGAAAUAAAUGCAUUGUGGUUUUCUCAGAACUGUUCAAACUAAGUUAACCCUUGAGAUACCUCGGCCAUCUAAUUAGUGAACUUUGCCUCAAGCUAUUCUAAAGCUGAAGACUGCUUCCAUGUGCAUUGUCCCUAAUUAGGAAUAUGAUCUGAUUUCAGUAUUGCACACAGUAUUUUUUACUUUACUAAUAAUUUCUCAAUGUUGUUGUUGCGGAUUAGCACCUAAGUUGGGCUGAACUCUGAUAAGAGUUCUACAUAUUCUCAUUUAGCUGUUUUAAUAGUAACUAUUUGAAGUGUUUUUAUAUUUAGCAGCAUAGAAGUUCAGCAAAAGUUUUCAGAGCCAGCAGGCCAUUCAUCCCCUUUUAACGCUUGGACUCAAUAACUCUGAUGAAUAUUUCACACCAACUUCAAUUUCCUUAAACCCCACAUGUAAAACAUGAAGAAGAUUGAUGGCUCCAUUCAGCGAGAUUUCAAUGCCAAGGACUAAAGAAACAGAAGUGGUAAAUGUGCAUUUCUUUUGGCCAUGUUAAGAGUCUAUAAUGAUUCAUAGAACUGUGAGGGAGAAAAAUACUGGGUGCUUAAAACAAAAUGUUGUGAGGAAAGGAUUCUGAAAAGAAUAUUGAAUGAAGAAGGAAGGCGUGUUGGGGGCCAGGAACAGCGUGUACACUGGGGAGGAGCUGGAGGCAGAGUGGCUGGAUCUCAGCGAAACACUUUCCAUUGCUCACACUCAAGUCCACCCAUGGGCUUCUAGUCUCAAGUGAAUGCAGAAUGCUGGUUAUCAUCAGAGACCUACAGAACUUAACUUUCUACAGCAGAGAAACUAAUAUGGGCCCAUGGAGGCUCAGAGACUGAAACAUCAACCAAAGAGCAUGCCUGGGCUGGACCUUGGCCUCUGUACAUACAUAGCAGAUGUGCAGCUCCAUCUUCUUGUGAGUCCCCUAACAAUUGGGGCAGGAGGCUAUCUCCGACUCUGUCACCUGCCAUUAUACCUCUUUCCCCUAGCUGGGCUGCCUUGUCUGGUCUCAGUGGGGGAAAAUGGUGAGACUUGAUGUGCCAGGGAGAAGGAAGAAGGGGAGGGAGGCUACAAUCGAGAUGGUAAAUAAAUAUGCAUAAAUUAAUGAAAAAUAUUCUCUUAACUGAUAAAACCAUUGUCCUUAAAAGUAUCUUUUCAGUCACCAAAGUUCUAAAGUUUAUAAUGUUACAUAGUAUCAUAGGUUUGCUCUAAGAUUUUAAUAUUCAGUUUUAAAUUAAUAUCUGAGUAUUUCUUACAAGAAGCUGCUAUUUAAGGUUUUUAAAAUAAGAAUAUACAUAAAUAUAUCCAUUCAUACAUACAUACAUGCACACACACACAUACAGAGUAAAAACAUAUAAGUCUGAUGUCUGGAACAUUCUCCUAUCCAACUUAGACUCCUUAAAAUUUGUCAUUGCUUUCCCAGGACAAUAAGCUUAGCUAUAGGGAAUUAUAUAUUGCAAGUAAUUCUUUUAUCUGCAUUAUUUAUGAGUUUUGUUAUGAGUUUUAUUAUGAGCAGUUGUAAGAUUUCUAUAUACACCACUGAAUUUGCACUUAAUGAAUUGAAUUUACAUUCAUUUGACUUGUAUGAAACUGACUUAAUGAGACACUUCGCUUCUUUGCUUAGAAGUGGGUCAAGGCCAAAGGAAGACUUGGGCAAUUCAUAAUCCUAUAAUCAUUGUCUGUGUAGCUUGCGUUUUUAUGAUGAUUUAUAAUUUAAGUAAAUCAAUUAAUAGUAAUUCUUGGAACUAUAUUUAAUUUUUUAGCUCAGAUACUUAGUAGUGAUAUAUUAAUAAACUAUUUUUGGCUUGGUCACUAA